AUGAGUCAUCCUGGCUGGGUAAUGGUAUCAUUUCUUGCUGAACUUUUGAGUUCAUAUGGUGUCGAACACUUCUCAUCACGGUGCGCAAAUGAUAUGGAAAUUAUUGAUAAUCUUUUGAAGGAGACCUACAAUAAGCAUUACUUACCAGCGCAUCCUGUCCAUGUUCGUGUUGAUAUGUGGGUACAAGAAGUAACCACUGUUUCAGAACUGACUCAGGAUUUUGAAAUUGGUACGAACUGUUAUUUCAAUCUAUCUAUCAAUUUGUAUAUAAACGAAUUUUGGGAAGAUCCAGCGCUUGUUUUUGAUUUUAUGAAUCCCUGCAAAAAUAACAUUUCAUUUGAUGACAAAGUACUACAGAAACUGUGGAUUCCAAACACUUGUUUCAUCAAUUCGAAAACAGCUACUAUUCAUGAAUCACCAUUUAGAAAUAUUUUCUUGAUGGUUUUUUCCAAUGGAACGUUAUGGACUAAUUACCGAAUGAAAUUAACUGGUCCUUGUGAUAUGAAUUUAAAGCGAUUUCCAUUCGAUCAACAAAAAUGUUUCCUAACUUUUGAAUCUUUUAACUACAAUACUGGUGAGGUACGAAUGUCAUGGAACCAGCCAUAUCCAGUAAUGUUGCUCAAGAAAAUUGAAUUACCCGAUUUCAAAUUGACGAAUUUUAGUGUUGUUGCUGUAGAACAGACGUAUCCAGCCGGUUGGUGGGACGAAUUGACUGUUGCAUUUGUUUUCAAAAGACAAUAUGGUUGGUAUAUUCUGCAAGGAUAUAUUCCCACUUAUGUCACUAUUUUUAUUUCAUGGAUAUCAUUUUAUUUAGGAUCAAGAGCAAUUCCAGCACGCACUAUGCUGGGAGUGAAUUCUUUAUUGGCUAUGACAUUUCAAUUUGGAAAUAUCAUCAGAAACUUGCCUCGUGUAUCAUAUGUCAAAGCUAUUGAUGUUUGGAUGCUAAGUGGUAUGAUGUUUAUCUUUUUGUCCCUCUUGGAGCUGGCAGUGAUUGGAUUUAUGUCUCGAAACGAUCAUGCUCCAAAAAGACUCAAAAAAAGAAAUUCAGUGGUCAAUUAUAUGUCUUGGAAAGAAAUGCCCAGCCCAAGAAUAGGAUUGAGACAGUUUUGGGUUGAUAAACGGUGUUCAUCGUUCAUGGGUGAUAAUGAGGCAACUAUUGGAGCUACUAUCUCACAAGCUUAUCAUCAGUUCAAGAGGUUAGCAUCAGCUAAAAGACGUCGUUCUUGUCCUUUAUCAGAAAGUACAAUAGUUCGAUGA